AUGAGACCCUCCACCCCAGGUUUUUCAAUGUAUGUCCCAGGCUGCUACAGUGUGAUCUUCUCUUCUGGGGAGGUGGUAUUGGGACUGGGGUCGGGGGGCAAACUGAGCAAGCUGAUGAAGAAGGCCAGCUCUGUGGUGGGGAUGAAACUGGACAGUGUAGAGGCAGUGACCGAGAGAAGGAUGAAAGGGAAACUGAAAGCAGGACAACCCCUCUUAUCCCCUAAAGGCUUCUUGACAAGCCCGCCCUACUGUUGCGCUGACCUGUAUUCUCUGCGGACAGGAGAAAUGGUCAAAUCAAUUCAGUUCAAGACGCCCAUCUAUGAUCUCCACUGCAACAAACAUAUUCUUGCUGUGAGCCUGCAAGAGAAGAUUGCAGCAUUUGACAGCUGCACCUUCACUAAGAAGUUCUUUGUUACAAGCUGCUAUCCCUGUCCUGGCCCCAGCCUCAAUCCAAUAGCUCUUGGAAGCCGCUGGCUGGCCUACGCUGAGAACAAGUUGAUCAGAUGUCACCAGUCACGUGGAGGAGCUUGUGGUGACAAUUCACAGUCCUAUACAGCUACAGUGAUCAGUGCUGCCAAAACUUUAAAGACAGGCCUGACAAUGGUGGGUAAAGUUGUCACCCAGUUGGCAGGCACUCUACCCGCAGGCACUCCGGACGAGGAGGGCGCACCUCACAGUGCGAGCCGUCGUAGCCCUCACAACCCUGGUGUGGUCACCAUCAUUGACACACACAGUGUUGGCGAAGGACAG